UCUGCUCGAAUCAGUUGCCAACAAACUCUCGAUCCGUUCAGUCGAGUCCAACGUGUCAAGCGGAACAUAAAGCAGUGAAUUUCAUUCAGAGUUCUUCCAGCUUACGCGUUUUAUAGAUCCCCACCACAUCAGUGUACAAAGUGCAGUAGAGUUGCCCAAAAGGAUAUAGUGACGCCUCAACUACCACUCCUUCUCCUGCUGCUAUCCAAUCAAAAGACUGAGGGAACGAACGCGUCGAGACACACGCGCACGAUGAUACAAAGGCCAAAAACUGUUGGGCCUGGGCUCACUGCCUCAACGCUGCUGCUCCUGCCCCUGAUCCUACUGCUGGCUGGACAGGCUGCCACACAGGAACCGGCGUCGUCUCCCAGCGAAUUUGCGCCACAUGUGACGGCCACUUGCAAGGCGGGCACGAUGAACAUCAAGGUGAAGGUGAACUCCGGCUACACGGGCGCCGUGCAUGCCCGGGACUUUCGCACUCCGGCCUGCAUGGCCAUGGGCGAUGGCAGCGAUGCGGUUGCCUUCAGCCUCAACCUCUGGGCCAAGCAGGGCGCCAGCGACUACUGCGGCAUUCUUGUCAGCAACGUGAGUGGAAGCAAUCGCACCGAGGAGCGAUCCAUACAGCUGGCAGUGCGUGUGCACAAGACUCUGGAAUUGGCGGACGAUAAGUUUUAUGUGAUUACCUGUGGCAAAUCUGGCUACACUCGCGACGACAAUGCCCAUGUGGUGCUCAAGUUUCUGGAGAACGAUCAUCGGGUGCGUGAGACGGUCUACGGACAUGAGUACAAGAUACGCGCCGAGUUCUCCAAGCCAAAUGAUACCUAUGGCCUGCGUGUGGGCAACUGCUUUGCCUUUGACAAGAAGAACCGAACCCUCAAGCUCACCGAUGAUAGCGGCUGCCCCUAUGAUGCCACGAUUAUCAGUCGCUUUGUGCCCACUGCGGAUGGAAGAGCUGCCGAGGCGACUCUCACCUCGAUGUUCAAGUUUCCUGAGGGCUCUGAGGUGCAUCUGCAGUGCGAUGUGAUCCAGUGCUAUGGUCGCUGUGUGGAGAUCGAUGAUUGCAAUGAUGUGGCCCUGGCUGGCUUCACCAAGGGCGGUAAUACACCAAGGAAAUUCGGUCCAAAUGAGGAGGGCUCCAGCCUGGCCGGCACCACAGUCUUUGUUCUGGAUCCCGCAGAGGCUCGAUUAAUCUCGUCGAGCUGCGAGGAUGGAAUACGACCCAGUUGGUUGCUCUGGCUGACCAUUACAUUGGGUGUCCUAUUCCUAAUCAUGCUGCUCAUGAACAUCUUCCUCUGCACGGCCAUGAGCUGCAGUUGUGCCAACACAGAGAUCAUCGAGAAGGAGCCAUCGAUCAUCGAGGAAUACGAUCCGUAUCGCAGCUGGCACGGCAGUCAGUAUGGCUCCCGGUAUUCGCUGCAUGGUCGGGAUGCGCACAAGGGCUACACCAGCGGCGGUUCGACGAUACACUCAAAUAGGUCUGAUAGAUAUUAAGCUGCCUCCACAAGCCACAUAAAAGCCAACACACAGAUACACACGCAUACAUAUACACACGAACAUCUCUAUUCUCUACACCUGCUCUGCUCUCCCAAAUUAUUUUCCGGUAGCUGUGGAGCCCCCAAGCAAAACAAACAAACAAACACAGACACAGACACACACACACACACCCACACAACAAAAAGCAUGCCUACAACAAAAGUAUCUUGUAUCUGCGUCUCUAUGUAUCGUAUUUCGUUUGUACUCGUACUCGUAUCUCUUGUUCUUGUUAACGUUAACCUCUGCUGAAGUGCCCGCCCUUCUGGACAGCAAACCAACCUCCAACCAACAACAGCCACAACACAAAAAUCACAACACCAACACAGCCUCUUGUGUGUCUUCACCAAAACCAAUACAAAAACAAAAGAGAGAAUGAUAAACCAUUUCGUGCCUAGUAUUGCAACUGUAAUUAACCGAUAGUAACUUCCAUUUGAUAUAAACUAACACUCCAACUAAGUUUCCUGCUCCCACUUUUACCCAGAACAAUAGAUCGAAAACAAUACGAGUACUCGUACUCAAACUCGUAGUCGUACGAAAACUAACCGUCAGUUUCAAGGAGUUUGCUAACUAAUCCGUCUUGAAGAUUUCUCUUGAGCUACUACUCGUAUUUCUCUAUGCAAUUGAAUUGUAUUGUAUUAAAUCCAAACUUAUCCAACGUACUUCGAAGGUCAAUGCCAAUCGAUAACGAUAACGAUUAUGCAAUUGUGCACUCGCGUCCCGGCUCUAGACAUUCCACGUUACACGGACAGCGCGCCCAUCGGGGACCGCCCAGUAAUAUCUGAACCGAUAAACCCAAUUGAUAGGAACGCGACCAUAAUGAAAGUAGUUCUGUAAGCUAGCUUAAGAUUCUCUCCCUCACCCCUCUAUCUUGCGUCUCAAAUGUAUAUAAC